AUGGGAAGAGUUGAGUAUUUGGCCAUGAAGACUGGAGAGGAAACCACGAAGAAUAUGAUCAAUUCCGAUUUGAAUGAGUUUGUCGCCGCCACGAAGAAGCUCGUUAAAGACGUAGGAAUGCUCGGCGGUUUAGGUUUUGGCACGACUUUCCUUCAAUGGGCAGCUUCGAUCUCCGCCAUUUAUCUCUUGGUAUUGGAUCGGACAAAUUGGAGAACCAAAAUCUUGACUACUCUAUUAGUACCAUACAUCUUUUUCACGCUUCCUUACGUUAUCUUCAACUUCUUUAGGGGAGAUUUCGGAAAAUGGAUCGCGCUUAUUUCGAUUACAAUAAGACUCUUCUUUCCUAAAGAGUUUCCAGAGUGGUUGGAAAUUCCGGCUGCAUUGAUUCUUCUUUUGGUGGUUGCACCAAGUCUCAUAGCUGGUACACUAAGAGAUAGUUGGGUUGGGGCAGUGAUAUGUCUUGGAAUAGCAUGUUAUCUUUUCCAUGAACACAUUAAAGCUUCUGGUGGAUUCAAAAACGCUUUUACUCAAAAGAAUGGAAUCUCCAAUACCCUCGGGAUCGUUGCUCUCCUCGUUUACCCGAUUUGGACCGUAUUUUUCCACAUCUUUUAA